UUUGAAACAAUGGCUUCCAUCUCCGUAUCGGCUACUUGUUUAUCUCUUCCUCAAAGUCAAGCUCGAUCCAGAACUCAAAAACCCUCUCCUAGAAAAAACCCAAACCCCAAAAUUAAACCCAAGAAGCUUAAUACUAAAUUCCAAUCUCUAUCGUUAUCUUCACCCUCGCCUUCUUCUGCUUCUUCUUUGGGCACCCAGGCCACCACUUACACUCGUCUUCCUCCCAAGGAGGAUUUCCAUUUUCCCUCUUUGAACGAUUCUGAUGAAAUCAAACUUUCCGAAUCUGAUGUCGCUAAGCGAGACUCCGACAAUGAUUCCUCUGAGAUUGAAGCUGAAAUGCUUGACACCGAUGAUGAUGAUGAUGAAGAAGAAGAAGAAGAAGAAGAAGAAGAAGAAGAAGAAAUGGGUUUCCGAGACGAAACCGACGAUGGAGAAAUCUUGGGUUAUUACAAUGGUGAUGGGAGUUUGGAUUUUGAUGAAGAAGGGGAAGAGGAGGUUUAUUAUUACGAUUCCGAUGGCAAGCUUGUAAAUUUAUUAGAAAACGAGGUUGAUGAUUUGGGAUUGGAAGUAAAGGAGAAAGGGGUACCGGCCGUGAUGCGGUGCUUUGACCGAGCCAAAAUUUACGUUAAAGCAGGGGAUGGAGGGAACGGGGUGGUGGCGUUUCGGCGUGAAAAGUACGUGCCAUUAGGGGGACCGUCGGGAGGCGACGGGGGGAGAGGAGGGAAUGUGUAUUUGGAAGUCAAUGGAGCGAUGAAUUCGCUGUUACCGUUUCGGAAUUGCAUGCAUUAUAGAGCGGGGAGAGGGGCGCACGGGCAAGGGAGGAUGAUGUGUGGGAGGAAAGGGGAGGAUGUGGUGGUGAAAGUGGCGCCAGGGACGGUGGUUAGAGAGGCCGGGAGCGAUGAUGUGCUACUGGAGUUGUUGUAUCCGGGGCAACGGGCGUUGUUGUUGCCUGGUGGACGAGGAGGGAGAGGGAACGCUUCCUUUAAGUCCGGGAACAAUAAGGUGCCUAAGAUUGCUGAGAAUGGAGAAGAAGGUCCUGAAAUGUGGCUGGAAUUGGAGCUGAAAUUGGUAGCAGAUGUUGGUAUAGUGGGUGCACCAAAUGCCGGAAAAAGCACUCUACUAAGCGUGAUAAGCGCUGCUCAGCCAGAAAUAGCAAAUUACCCUUUUACAACUUUGCUUCCCAAUCUGGGUGUAGUUUCAUUUGAUUAUGAUUCUACCAUGGUUGUUGCUGAUCUUCCUGGUUUACUUGAAGGAGCACACCGGGGUUUCGGUUUAGGUCAUGAGUUCCUACGGCAUACCGAAAGAUGUUCAGCACUGGUACAUGUCGUUGAUGGCUCUGGACAGCAACCAGAGCUUGAGUUCGAUGCAGUUCGUCUUGAACUGGAAAUGUUUAGCCCAGAAAUAGCUGAAAAGCCAUUUAUAGUUGCCUAUAAUAAGAUGGACCUUCCAGAGGCAUAUGAAAAUUGGCCAUCAUUUAAGGAAAAAUUACAAGGACGUGGAAUCAAAACUUUUUGCAUGAGUGCAGUAAAAAGAGAGGGAACUCAUGAAGUUAUCAGUACCGCCUACAAACUUCUUCAAGAAACUAAAAAAUCCAACGAGGGAUUAGAAGGUUUUCAAGAUCGGAUAGAUUUGAACUAUGUAGCCGAUAUGGUACAGAGGCAGCGUAGCUCCUCUAUUAGCGAGUUUGAGAUCACUCGUGACAGUAGUUGCAGUACGUGGUAUGUAACUGGAGCCGGGUUGCAACGCUUCGUUCAGAUGACAAACUGGCGAUACAUGGACUCUGAGAAAAGGUUUCAACAUGUCCUGGAGGCUUGUGGAGUUUAUAGGUCUCUCAUGAAGCUUGGAGUGAAAGAAGGCGAUACAGUGAUUGUUGGAGAGAUGGAGAUGGUGUGGCACGAUUCUGCCGAGAAUUCUGGUGCACCAAACAUGAAAAAGAGAUCAACAGAGUCGAUCAAAUGGCCACAGUUGAAGUAACUGCCACCACCAGCAUCUCCCAACUUUUGUCACCGAACUGCCAUAUAUGUAGGUCAGGCAAAGCCGAUAAGCGGCGAUUCGAACAGGCCAUUACAAUUAAGGUGUCGUAAAUUCACGAGAGGUGACAUCGAGCUUGAUGACAUGUUCGAUUUCAAUGCAUGGUUCUUUUGUUGCUUCGACAUGUUCGAUUGCUUCGGAUUUGGUGUUGAACAGGCAAGUUCUUGUCAAAUUUGGUGUAUGAGCGAUAAUUGACUGUUGAAGUAACUUAAAAGUA